CAGCGGGGCGGGGGGGCACCGCAAUCCACCACAGCGAGACUUGGGGGCUGUCGCUGGAGAGUGGGGAAGAGUCCCGUUAGUGUCGGCGCCAAGCGGAGGGGCACGGGGACUUAAAAGGGGAGAGGGAGCUCGGUCACUUUCCCUCCUUUCUCCCCUCCCGAGCUCAACUGUGGAAAAAUAUGGGAGACGACAGGCCGUUUGUGUGCAGUGCCCCCGGCUGUGGACAGAGAUUUACCAAUGAAGAUCACCUGGCUGUUCAUAAACUCAAGCAUGAGAUGACAUUGAAAUUCGGUCCUUCCAGAACAGAUUCCGUCAUCAUAGCAGAUCAAACUCCAACACCAACGCGUUUUCUGAAGAAUUGUGAGGAAGUGGGUCUCUUCAACGAGUUGGCGAGCUCAUUUGAACAUGAAUUCAAGAAAGCCUCAGAAGACGAUGAGAAAAAGUGUUCUGGUCCUCUAGAUAUGUCUCUUCCCUCUACCCCGGAUGUCAAAAUCAAAGAGGAAGAGCCUGUCGAAGUGGAUUCUUCUCCUCCAGACAGCCCAGUAGGGAGUCCACAGUCACCACAGCCUAAGGAAAAGGAGAGCGCUUCAAAACCUAUUAUCAUUUCUACGCCUACACCAACUAUUGUACGUCCUGGAUCUCUGCCACUGCACUUGGGAUAUGACCCCCUACAUCCAACUCUUCCUUCUCCAACCUCGGUCAUCACCCAGGCUCCACCUUCCAACAGACAGCUCGGGUCUCCUACCAGUUCUGUACCACUUGUCAUGCACCUUGUGAAUGGACAGACUAUGCCGGUCCUUCCUGGCCCACCCGUUCAGAUGCCUUCUGUCAUAUCGCUGGCAAGGCCGAUGCCUAUGGUGCCAAACAUUCCUGGUAUUCCUGGUCCUCCGGUUAUCAGCAGUGGCUCAAUUUCACCAUCAGGACUUCCAGGACACUCUGAAGCUAAAAUGAGGCUAAAAGCCAGCCUGACGCAAGGAAUUACUUCCUCACUGAACGGCAGCGGCAUGAUGGUGGGAUCAGCGAGCACAAUGGUGACUUCUCAUCCUGAACAGGGUCAGAUACUUAUCCAGCACCCUGAUGCACCUUCUCCGGCCCAGCCACAGGUUUCCCCAGCUCAACCCACACCAAGUACAGGUGGCCGACGGAGACGCACAGCAGAUGAAGAUCCAGACGAACGUAGGCAGCGUUUUUUGGAGCGGAACCGUGCUGCUGCUUCGCGCUGCCGCCAGAAACGCAAGCUCUGGGUGUCGUCCUUGGAAAAGAAAGCGGAAGAGCUCACCUCACAGAACAUCCAUCUAAGUAACGAAGUUACAUUAUUAAGGAAUGAAGUUGCGCAACUCAAACAACUAUUGUUGGCUCACAAGGAUUGCCCUGUCACUGCAUUACAGAAGAAAACACAAGGUUAUCUUGAAAGCCCCAAAGAGAGUUCUGAGCCCACCGGUUCUCCAGCUCCUGUCAUCCAGCACAGUUCGGUGACUGCAUCUCCCAAUGGGCUGAACAUCCGCUCCGCAGCUGAAGCCGUUGCCACUUCAGUCCUCACUCAUAUGGCCAACCAAAGGACAGAACUGAACGUGCCCAUGCAAUCACAUGUCAUUAUGGCGCCGCAGUCCCAGUCUGCCGGCAGAUGAUGUCGCCAGUUGCAUGGCAUAGAACUAACAAUGAACUGCAGCCAGAGAGACUGAUCAUAACUAAGCCCCUUGUUCAAAAUGGGGUGGAUACAGUUUUUGUUUUGUUCAUUUGUUUUAUUCUUUUGAUUUCUUAAAAAUGAGUGAAGGGCAGCUAUGGAGCUUCUAACAAAGUAUAUCUCACAUAGGUCCUGGCCUCAAACAUCUAUCAUCUUUCCAAAGGGUGGCUUUGGAAUAAGUCAUUUUGCCACACUUUAGAGACCAUUUCUCAUCCUAUCUAGAAUCAACCGUUUGGACAGCCUUAUACAGUGUGAUCUUAAAUGGUUAAAGUUCAGGUAUACAUUGCGCUAACACUAAGCCUCCCUUAGUUUGGUUAUUCGUGGUGCUUCCUUGUCUUGGCUACUGUAGCAAGAGAAAGCAGUUCUUGGGAGGUGCUGUGAUGUUUUGCUGGUGCUGGCCAUUUUUGUGGAAAACUUUAGCAUCCCGACCGUUUUUGUAGCAUAUCCAUCCAAAUGGUACCUGACCUUCCAUUCUACACUUUCAUACAGGACUCCAGCUCGCGGCUCUGAAGGUGGUAAGCUCCAAUAAUUUGGUUGGUUUGAACUGUUCAAAUUGUUUUGUGAAGAGAGUAAGAAACCCGCACUCUUAGCUGCUGCAACUGAUGGGUGUUUUUGCUGUUCUGGGAGAGAAAAUGGUAGGCCUGCUGUAUGCAUUGUAGAUCACAUAAAUUGUACUAUGCAUAUUAUCAGGGAUACCUUUUUGGUCAUAUUGUUAUCUGAUACAGACUUUUUUGUAGUUCAAGAAGAAACCAUCAAAACACAAUGGGAAUUCUUUGGUUUUUAAGUUACCAGGUGGGAAGAGCUAAGGCGUAUUUCAGUAAUGAGAAGGAAGAACAUUCACAAGGGCAUCUCUUACUAUGUCUAGAAAAAAAAAUUGAAUGAUUUAUAUCAGUGUUUCUCAAUCUUGGCUACUUUAAAAUGUAUGGACUUCUAGGCUAACCGGGGAAGUCUGGGAGUUGAAGUCCAGACAUCUUAAAGUUGCCAAGGUUGAGAAAUACUGAUUUAUACCUUUGGAAUCUGAGUAGUUGCAGAAUCAUUCAUAAGCAUUACAGUAGCAGGUUCAAAGUGACACAGUGCUAAGCUACAGGAGGUUUCUAAACAAAGUUGUUUGGGGACAAUGUAAGAGUUAGCUCAAUGGCAAGGAAACAGGAAAAAGUAUCUUUGCAAAUGCUAAAGAUUCAAUACUCUUAUAAGCCAUGUUCAUUUCAAAAGCUAAGCUGACAUGUUUAACCCAUUGAGCUUUUCAAGAUUGUGGCCUUAAAUCAUGGACUAUUUCAAAGACAAGAGGAUGGGGGCAUACAUUCCAAAUUGCUUCCCCUCUUACCUUUUUAUUUUCUUUUGGUCAAAGGUUUUCCAUCCUAUUUCUCCUUCAGAUACCUAUUGCUAUUUUCCAUUUGUCUCUUCCAAAAUAAAUACCGAGUUUCUUGCACAUUGCUAUUGUAGGGUAGAUUGAGAACAAAAAAGAAGAAUUGGAAGUAAUCUCUCCCUUUUUCUUCUGCUUCUUGUCAAAGUGUGUGCCUGUGUAUCUUGGAGUGACCUUGACCUCGACCUCUUGCUAGUUGGCCAAUGUUUAGCUUGAAUCACAACCAGAGGAAAAGAUGCAGAGUGAUAGUUAGCGUGUAGCUAUCAUGAGCUUGCAACUUGCCAACUCUUCCACUAUUUUGUCUUCCUAAUUGUUUUUUUUUAAUAAAGCAUUGUCCUCUAAGGGGCUGUAUAACUCCGUGCUGCCAGUCUAUACAAAGAUUUUUAUUAUUCCUCAGUUUCCACCCACUAGAAAGCACACAUAUAACACACAUACACACAAACGCACAUGUCUAUGUACAUAUGUGUAAAUGUAUAUGUGGCAUGCUAAACUUAAUGCAGGUUGUCUCUUAUUGGUGUUGCUAUUGUCACGAUCAACCCAGCUUCUCAGGAUCUUAAUGCCGCUUGCUCUCCAAUUGUUUCCUUGCCUGAAUAUGAUGCUGUUGCUUCUUGUUCUGUUCUUCUGUGACGUGGUGUUUAAUUUUAAUUUCUCCUGGGUUCCUUUUCCUUUAUCCUUUGUUUAAAAGAAGCAAAAUGUGUUUUGAAUGUCUGCAGACUUCCUUUUAGCAAGUAUCUCAGACAUCCUGUCACUUGUCUUCCUCCCCUCCUCCCCCCCUCUUUUCCUUGCUCCCUUGAUAUGCUAAAAAUGCAAGUUGGCAAAGGCUUUGAAAUAUAACUUGUCCCAACAGGGUAUCUGUUUCCUUAGUGACAGCUCCAAUAACAGUGCACAGCAGGUGUAGUCAGGAUCUUCUCAGGUUAAUAGGAAAAGAAAUGAGCUUGCUGGCAAGUGGGACAGAUGAUAAGAUAUUUUAGUUUUCUUUCUUCUUUUUUUAAUUUAUAUUACUAUUUUGUACCUUUCAAAACAUAACUGCUGCAUUCUUUCAUUUAAAAAAGAACACUUCAGAAUUCUGCUUGCUGUUGAAUGAAUGCAAUGCAGGGUCCAGAGAAAGGACUGUAGAAUUUUGGUUUCACCUAUUUUCCAUUGAAAAAUAAGGGCUCACAAUAGCAUUGAGUUUGCUGUCUGAACUGGUGCCUAGAUUCUCAUUGACAACUAGUGUUUUGUUAUGAGAAAGAACAAAUGAAGCUGUCAGUUGCCCCAUUGGCCAACCUAAUUCAACACCAUCUUCUUGAGCUAGCAUUGGCGUGGUUAAAUAACCUGGAAAGGAAGUAUGAAUGUAUCAAGAUUUGCAAAUGAAUUGGCAGAGACUUGCCAAACAGAGGUUAAAUUUUGGGUGGAUUUCCUACCAUAGUUCAAAAUGACACCAAAGGAUAGGUAUGGCCUAGCAUUGUCCUUCCUUAGGUCCCUCCAAGAGUUGUAUAGUUGUCACACAGAGCAUGAUUCAGUGAACUCUCAUAAUUCAGAGCAAACUGGGUAGAGCAGCUGUGGCUUAAGAACAAUCUCUAAUAUCUAACUUAAAGAAGGCCUUUCUUUAUUUGGGGCCAUGAGAUAAAAACUCCAGCUCUUUCUCUUAGAUGGGAACCUUGUUUUAGGGCAAUUGGGAAUUGAGCCUGGAACUUUCUAUAUGAACAUCUCUAAUACACUAUAAUCUCCCUCCUAAUUGGACAGGAGGCUGCUUCAUUUACUUUUAGGCAGGGGUGUAAAGCAUUCUGCCUCAACUUGGCAGUUCUCUGGAAGGGCUGGAUAGAGUUGGCGUGGCCUCCCCUCUGCAUGAGUUCAUGGUCUGUGCUGCUAUUCAGUGACUGUAACUCAGCCUGGUUCACUUAAUUCUGUUUCAGAGUAGACAUAUAUUGAAUCUUCAGUCAAUGCGAGAGUUGUGCUUAGGCUCUGACACUGUAAGGACAAGUGAUAGUAACACUCCAGGAACAGGUAAGAGGGCUUGUGUAAAGCAUUUGUUGAGUCUGAUAGAAAGCACAAGCUGCUUUCUAUGGGAGACAUACUGUGGUUCAAAAUCAGGGAGUAUCAUAUAAAAGAGCUUUCAUAAAAAGCAUCUCAUUCCGUUAGCCUAGCCCAGGCCUGUGGGCGUGGCCUCACGCACAGGCCACGCCCAUCCCGGCUCCGCAAAGGCAAAAAACAUUCGAUAUGUCAUGAUACAUCAUGCGACGCAAUCAAGUUUGGCACCCAUGGCCUACCCUGAAAGAGCAUGGCAGCAGCCUGGCUCUAGGAGUGCCCUGCCUCAGUGCUCCAGGACUUUGGAAUAAGAAGGGAAUGUAGCAAACAAAAGGGCACAUAAUAUCGGCCAAGAGGACAUUUUUAUGUGCCCCUGGGAGCUCCUGCUGCAACUUUGGAUAAAUUCCACUAUUCUGUUAGAUGAAGCCGAUCAGCCAUCCAAGAGUCUUUUGUGUGACGAGAUGGGUGGCAAAUAAAUUUAAUAAAUAAAGAAAUAGAUUAAAGUAUCGUGCUGUUAGAGAUGGAGAAAUAUUUGAGGGGAGGGUUACAAAUUAGAAACUACAUCUACCCUGUCUAUUGGAAUCUGCUGUAUCCUCAAUCCAAAUAAUGCCCAGCCUAGUAGAAAUGGAGCCAGAAUUGAAAUAAUCUUACAAUUAUUAUUUUUUUAAGUGUAUUUGAAGGAAAUAAUUUCUCUUAUAGCAUUUUAAAAUUAAACACUGCUUUGCUGUUCUCUUUUCCAUGUAUCUGGAUUGUAAUGGUUGCCUUAGUACGAUUCUGUGCUCCUAGUAAUCAUUAAAAAUGAAGCAACAUUUUGCACGUUGCUUUAGUCCCUGCUAUUCAAUACCUGCCUAGUUAGAAGAGCUCCAGAGCUGCAAAAUUCGGGGUAUGUAGGUAACCUUUGCAGCAUGGAAUCACAGAAAAAGGUGGCUCUUGUAAGGCCACAGAAUUAUGUGAAGAAUUGGUUAGACUGUGAUCACCCCUGCGCUAAACGUAGCUGACACACUGGUUAGCUCUGAUAAACAUAUUACAAUUCAUAACAUCAACAGUUGGGUUUGUAGCAAGGGUCUCUGUAGUCAAUUUUAGAUGAUGGCUAAGAUAUAAGUUGCCUAAAAAUAAUUCCUUUCAGGUAAAUAAAUAAUUUUUUGAGAUUGAGAGCAGGGUAAGGGAUGAUCCUGUCAAGUUACUCUUUUAGCUUGGAGAAGACUAUACCAUUUUAGCUGUACAUGGUAUGCUAAGGUUGAUCUACAUAUUCUAGAGCAGUGAUGGCUAACCUUUUUGUCGUCGCGUGCUGAAAGCACACCUGCGGCCCUGCGCCCAUAAUGCAAUGCACGCUCACAUUGCAUUUUGAGGCCUCGCAUGGCGCCCCUGUGCCCCGUUUUGGGACUGGAAAGCCUCCUGCACCAACCUGGAAGCAAAAACAGGUUGUUGGAGGCCCGCACGAGGCCCCAAAAUGCAAUGCGAGUGGUCCCCGCGCAUGCACCGCUCUCCUGCUCAUGCACAUACAUGUCCCCCACAUGUGCCCUGCUCCCAUGCAUGAGCAGCAGAGAGGGCUCUGUGUACCAACUGUGGCAUGCUUGCCAUAGGUUUGUCAUCACAGUUCUAAAGCAAUGAGUAAGUAAGUGCAUUUUGGGCUCACACCCAUAUUUAUAAGAAAUUACUAUUCUAAGUGUGUACCCUUCCAACCUGCCAAUUGACCAGUGGCUGCAUGUCUGUUACUGAACCCUUUAACAAAAUUCUGUGCCUUGUAGCAAAGAAAGCAAUCUGGGAAACCAGAUAGAUAGAUAGAUAGAUAGAUAGAUAGAUAGAUAGAUAGAUAGAUAGAUAGAUAGAUAGAUAGACAGAC